CUGCAACUGCACUGAGUGGUUGAUCUCUUAUGAUUUAUGAACGUAUUUUGACUGCGAAUUGGAAAGUUCUCGGUUCUCAGUGCUCAAUUUUCAGAGCUCAAAUGGCGCCAACUGCCAGAGAAGAUAAUAAAAGUUCCGCCAAACGAGUGGCUGUUGUAGGUGCUGGUGUUAGUGGGCUUGCAGCAGCAUACAAGUUGAAAUCACAUGGAUUAAAUGUUAUAGUGUUUGAAGCUGAAGGAAAAGCUGGAGGGAAGUUGAGGAGUAUUUCGCAGGGUGGUCUCAUUUGGGACGAGGGAGCAAAUACAAUGACUGAGAGUGAAACGGAAGUCAGAAAUUUGCUUGAUGAUCUUGGAAUUCGGGAAAAGCAACAAUUCCCGAUUGCUCAAAACAAACGGUACGUUGUGAGAAAUGGGGUGCCCAUUCUGAUCCCCUCAGACCCCAUUGCACUUAUCAAGAGCAACAUUCUUUCUACCCAGUCAAAGCUUCAAAUCAUUCUGGAGCCAUUUUUGUGGAAGAAAAGCGAUUCUACUGUAGUGUCUGAUGCUAAUGCGAAUGAAAGUGUAGGUGGGUUCUUCCAGCGUCAUUUUGGGAAAGAGGUUGUGGAUUUUCUCAUAGACCCUUUUGUAGCUGGCACCAAUGCUGGAGAUCCUGAAUCUCUUGUGAUGCGCCAUUCAUUUCCGGAGCUAUGGAAUCUAGAGAAAAGAUAUGGUUCUGUCAUAGCUGGGGCCAUUCAAUCAAAGUUGUCUGCCAAAAGGGAUAAAGGUGUUGAAACAAAGGGUUCUUCAGAAAGGAAGCGUAGCCCACGUGGUUCAUUUUCUUUUGUUGGUGGAAUGCAGACACUCACUGAUACUUUGAGCAAAAAGCUUGACGAGGAUGAGCUUAAACUAAGAUCAAAGGUUCUAUCAUUAUCUUAUGGUCGUGAAAGGAAAUCAGCAUUAGAGAAUUGGUCACUCUGUUAUGCAUCUAACCAUGGCAAGCAUUCACAAGGUUUAUCUUUUGAUGCAGUAAUCAUGACGGCUCCAGUAUAUAAUGUCAAAGAAAUGAAGAUUACAAAACGAGGAAAUCUCUUUCCAUUAGACUUUGUUCCCGAGGUGAGUUACUUGCCACUAUCAGUCAUCAUCACCACCUUUAGGAAGGAGAAUGUCAAGAAGCCUCUUGAAGGAUUUGGAGUUCUUGUUCCCUCUAAGGAGCAACAAAUCGGUUUAAAGACUCUUGGUACACUUUUUUCCUCUAUGAUGUUCCCAGACCGCGCCCCUAAGAAUCUACAUCUUUAUACAACCUUUGUUGGGGGAAGCCGUAACAGGGAACUGGCGAAAUCUUCGACGGAUGAAUUGAAGCAGAUUGUUACUUCCGACCUUAGGCAGUUGUUAGGAGUGGAAGGGGAACCCACAUUUAUGAAUCAUUUUUUCUGGAGUAAAGCAUUUCCCUUGUAUGGGCGUAACUAUGACUCUGUUCUAGAAGCAAUUGAGAAGAUGGAGAAAAAUCUUCCUGGAUUCUUUUAUGCAGGUAACCAUAGAGGUAGAUUGUCCGUUGGCAAAUUAAAUAUAUCCUCUGGGUGCAAUGCUGCUGAUCUUGUAAUUUCGUAUUUGGAAAAUUCCUCAGAAAACUAA